ACGUAUCAAGUAUGAAAUAUCUGUUUAUGCACUUGUAAUUUAAACAGUUGUAUAUGAUUUUGAAUAUUUCAGGGCAUAGACAUAACACACCGCUUCAAGCGGAAGGUGCAUCGCACAGCCCCAAAAAGUGAUGAUAUUUAUUUGAGACUUCUGGUAAAGCUGUACAGAUUCUUGGCAAGACGUACCAAUGCAAAGUUCAACAAAAUCAUCCUGAAGAGGCUGUUCAUGAGCAAGACCAACAGGCCACCUCUCUCAAUUGCAAGACUAACAAGAAUGAUGAAGAAAUCUGGUAGAGAUGGAAAGACAGCAGUUUGUGUUGGUACAGUCACGGAUGAUUUAAGACUUCUUCAAGUUCCAAAACUCAAGAUUUGUGCUUUGAAGGUAACAGAGCGUGCACGAGGACGAAUUCUUAAGGCUGGAGGAGAAAUUAUCACGUUUGACCAGCUGGCACUGAAAUCUCCAAAAGGACAGAAUACAGUACUUAUCCAAGGUCGCAGAAAGUCACGUGAAGCAUACAGACACUUCGGUAAAGCACCAGGUGUUCCACACAGCAAUACUGCACCAUUUGUGCGUUCCAAGGGCCGCAAGUUUGAGAAGGCUCGAGGUCGUCGUGGAAGCAGAGGAUACAAAGUUUAAUUUGACUAUUUGCUGUAUCACAUUGGAAAAUAAACAGACUUCCAGUGAAAA